AUGCGAAGAAUCCCAUCACAAGUACCACAGGCUGUCUCAAGAUUGUUACAAGGAAAUGUAAUAUCACAACCACCAACAUGGUAUAUACCUGUACUUUCACACCCACCACCACAACUCCCACCUCGACAAACAGUUCAACGUUCACGCCCAACUGACCGUUCAAUAGAACAGGGCGAAUUCACAGAUGUAUCCUAUAUACCUUCGGGUGAACUGGAAAGGAGAGACAGGAUAAGGAAAUAUAAAUCAAGAAAACAAAAACCUGAAAGAAUAAGUUAUCAAGAAGAUAAAAUCAGAAGACAAUUUUUCAAAGAUUUCCCUUUUGAAGCUCUUCGUCCCAUUUCUCUUGUAGAAGGCACAGAGAUCGAUCAAUCAAUCAAAGUAGACGGUGAAAAUUGGAAAACUCUAGAUGAAAGAGGUCAAUAUCCAACUGUUGAAGAUACAAUCUCAUUCGUACUGAACCUUCAACAAACGCAAUCGAUGCCCAUCUCAGAAGCUUAUUCAAUUGCGACUAGAGAAUUCAUAGCUCUAAGAGCAAAACAUGAACAAGCUACUAUCGCAGCUGAGAUUGAGGCUAGAUAUCAUGGAGCAGAAUUCAAGCCAGAUGCAUUUGAACGUCAAUUCAACUUGGAACAGAAAUCAUUGUCCACACUGAUACCACCUUCGACGAGAUCAUCAGAAAGUUCAAAAAUUAAAUAUAGGAAACUACCAAGAUGGCAAUGGUCAAAUACAGUUUCAUCAUCGUCAAUGCCAAGUGGAGAAUUCACAAGUGGAAAAGAAUACAUGUCAAAGUGGAAACUACCUGAUCCAAUAGAAAUCGGACAACCGCGAGGAGAAGGCGAUCUACUAGGUGCUAUCCCCUCACAAUCACAAUCUCAACCUUCUAACGAAGAAUCGGAGGUACAAGAAGAAGAAGAAGCAGAAAGUGAUUUACAAUUCUUACAAAGUGUUUUGGGUAAAUCAAGAACAUAA